AUGUCAGAACAGUGGGAAAACAAUGAAUCCAUUAAAUUGCUGAGAGAAUAUUUACAGAUACCAAGUGUUCAUCCAGAUGUUGAUUAUGAACCGUGUGUAAUAUUUCUAAAGAAAAUAGCAGAUUCAAUAGGAUUGAGAUUUUCUGUCUACAGAUGCCAUCCAAAAAAACCUGUGGUCAUAAUGACCUGGCCGGGAGCCAAUCCAAUUUUGCCAGCAAUUCUAUUAAACUCUCACAUGGAUGUUGUACCAGUAUCUGAGGAUAGUUGGAUCUAUCCUCCAUUUGAAGCACACAUAGAUGAUUCUGGAAAAAUAUAUGCACGAGGAUCGCAGGAUAUGAAAUCAAUAGCUAUACAGUUUAUAGAAGCUGUGCGUGAAAUGAAAGAAGCCGAAGUCGUUCUUCAGAGAACAGUACAUUUAAGCUUUGUUCCGGAUGAAGAAAUUGGCGGCGCAUUAGGGAUGAAACUCUUUGUACAAAGCGAUGCUUUUCGAGCUCUCAAUGUAGGUUUUUGCAUGGAUGAAGGCGAUCCUAGCACUGAAGACCAUUAUGAUGUUUAUUAUGAUGAAAAAGUAUUGUGGAGCUUAGAAAUAACAUGCAACGGCCAGCCAGGACAUGGAAGCAGCCUGCAACCAGACACAGCGGCUGAGAAAGCGCGUCUGGUGAUUGACAAAUUUACUGAUUUUCGAAAUGAGCAAAGAGAAAAAGAAUUCAUGGAAGCCACUUCAGUUAAUCUGACAAUAUUGCAGGGCGGCGUCCAAUCUAACGUUAUUCCUGAUAAAAUUAAAUUAGGUUUCGACGUACGCGUUGCAGUUAAUCAAGAUCAUGACGAAAUGGAAGCACUGAUCAGAAAAUGGUGUGAAGAAGCUGGUGAAAAUGUAAAUUUAGAAUUUAAAAUAAAAGACCCUUACGUUCAACCCACGGUCCUGGACGAGACCAACAAAUUCUGGGUCGCUUAUAAACAGGCCACUGAUGAAUUAGAAAUGACUCUCGUGCAUAAAAUCUGCCCUGGAGUUUCGGACAGCAGAUAUUUGCGUCAGCUGAAUAUUCCAGCAAUUGGCAUGUCGCCAAUUAAUCGCACUGAGUACUUGUUGCAUGAUCAUAACGAGUACAUAGAAGCUGAAACGUUUUUAAAAGGAAUCCAAAUUUAUAAACGGAUCAUCGAAAAUGUUGCUAAUGUUCUUUAA